AUUUCUAAUAAAUAAUCGUGAAUCAUCUCUGUGCUCGAAAUGGCCACCGUUGAAGAGGAAGAGCCGCCGCUUGUACUUGUGCACCGCCCACCCAACUUCAACUUUCCAUUUAAACACCGUCUCCAAACCCGUUUCUGUCUCCUCGAUCCUCUGGACUCGGAUCCUCCUGAGUCGACUCAUUCCUUCUUUUCCCGCCACUCUGCUUCUAUACGCGUCCUGCUCUGUGUCGAUCCCACACCCAUCACCCGUGACCUCCUCUCCCUCCUCCCUUUCCUCCAGCUUAUCGUCGGCUACAGCGCUGGAGUUGACCACAUCGACCUAGACGAGUGCCGCCGCCGGAACAUCACCGUCACCAACGCCGGGAAGGCCUUUUCCCCCGACGUAGCUGACUUGGCCGUGGCCCUCCUUAUAGAUGUUCUCCGAAGAGUUUCCGCCGGUUUCCGGUACGUUCGGGCUGGGUUGUGGGCUCGUAAUGGGGAAUUCCCGCUUGGGUUCAAGUUAGGAGGAAAACGAGUUGGAAUAGUGGGCUUGGGAAGCGUAGGCUCUGAAAUUGCUAAAAGGCUGGAGUCAUUCGGCUGUGUUAUUUCCUACAACUCGAGGAGGAAAAAACCAUCUGUUCCGUUCCCAUGGUAUGAAAAUGUCUAUGACCUUGCAGUCAACAGUGAUGCUCUGGUUGGUUGUUGCGCGCUGACAGAAGAAACUCGGCACAUGAUUAGCAAGGAUGUCAUGACUGCCCUGGGGAAGGAAGGAGUGAUAAUAAACGUGGGGCGCGGGGCUCUGAUCGAUGAGAAGGAAUUGGUGCGGCUUCUGGUUGGAGGCGAGCUUCGCGGUGCUGGUCUGGAUGUGUUUGAGAAUGAGCCUGAUGUUCCACAAGAGCUAUUCUCGUUGGAUAAUGUUGUACUGUCUCCCCAUUGUGCUGUUGCCACUCCCGAAUGCUUCGAUGCCCUGGAGCAGUUGAUCACAGCCAACCUCGAAGCAUUCUUUUCCAACAAACCUUUGCAGUCGGUUGUUGAAUUUUAAUGAAUGGACAGCCUAGUUUCGGCAAAAUAGCCGAAAUAAUGCCUAUGGGGUAUAUUAUUUCCAAAAAAAUGCACUUUGCUUAUUAUUUUCCUAAAUAGGGUGAUAUCUACGGUGAAACCAUGAAUGUCUUGGAUCUAUGGGCGC